AUACUUGGCAUUUGUUUUGCUUUCUACAAAAGUUUGCUUAACAAAAGAAAAAAUCUAAAAACGUAAAAAAAAGUAAUAAAAUGUACAGCAUAGAGUUUAAUCAGGAGUGCGGCUAUUUGGAAGGCAUAACACGUGGAUUUAAGAAUGGCAUGCUAAAAUAUUCAGAUUAUUUAAAUCUAACGCAAUGCGAGAAUAUUGAUGAUCUGACGGCGAAUAUACAGGCUACCGAAUGGGGUCAUAUGGUGCAUACCGAAACGGAGGAGCCCGAUGUGGAGCUGUUAAGCACGCGUAUGCGCGACAGAGUCGUGGCUCAAUAUAAUUAUCUACGGAAUCACGCUACGGAACCAUUGAGCACAUUUCUGGAAUACAUGCGCUAUGAGUAUAUGAUUGACAACGUAGUGCUGCUCAUAGCCGGCCUAAACAAUCAUCGUCCGAUGAAAAAGCUGCUAAGCCUGUGCCACCCAUUGGGGCUUUUUGAUGAACUGGAGGCCAUUGAGGUGGCUAGCAAUACUCAAGAGCUGUUUAGCGCUGUACUCAUCGACACGCCGAUCGCCAAGUUCAUUUCGGACAAUAUGAGCUUUAAGCAGUUUGCCGACAUCGACGUGGAAAUCGUGCGUGCUACACUAUUUAAAGCUUAUCUGGAGGAUUUCUACAAUUAUUGCAAAAAACUGGGUGGCACUACCGCCGAUGUUAUGAAGAAUCUGCUUAGCUUUGAGGCGGAUCGACGAUCGAUUACCAUUGCUGUUAAUUCUCUGGAGGGUUCACUUACCAUCCAAAAGCGUCUUAGCUUGUUUCCCACCUGUGGAAAGUUAGGUCCCAUGAGCUUGGACGCACUGGCUCACAGCUUGGACUAUGAACAAGUGCGUACGAUUAGUGUUAGCGCUUGCAGUGAUUACAGCGGCAUGUUUGAUUCGAUUGAGAGGGAUGCUGAUAAUAUUAUCACACUGGAGGAUCGCUUCCUUAUGCAGGAAGCUAAGCUGCAUGUACGCUCCUUCUUGCAACAAUUCCAUUUCGGAGUCUUUUAUUCGUACAUCAAGCUGAAAGAUAUGGAAUGCCGUAAUAUCAUCUGGAUAGCUGAAUGCAUAGUUCAACGUCAAAAGGACAAGGUUAAUGCAUUUAUACCAAUCCCAGUGUUUUAACUAUGUUAUAUUAAAAAUGAUAAAAAUAUGUAAC